AUGAAUAAGGGCAAUUUGUUCAAGGACGAGACGGAGAAAGCCAUCGUCCACUUCAUUGUGUACCUCAUAGGCAUUCUGCUCGUACUGUGCGUGUACUACAACUACAUAAUUCUGAAGUAUUAUUUUUACUCCCUGUUUUGGGCUUUUAUCGUGUCCAUCCCCUUGCACCAUGUGAAGGUGAAGCUGUCUGAGGUGUUGCGGAAGAAAUUUCUGCGGAAAAGGAGGAAGGCAAAGGGGGUGAUAUCGCAGAGGAGGGAGAGUGACGAUGUGGGCGCUGCAGAGUGCGCUGCACGGGAGGCCGUCCCCUUCGGCGAGACGCCGCAUUCACUGCAACCGCUUCAACAACGCGAUCAGUUGAAUCUGUGCACACCAGACAGCACACUGAGUACGUACGCACAGAGCAGCCAUGUGAAAGAAUUUGAUAAAACAAAAAGGAGGCCUGACUUCAUCACCCAAGGAAGCAUAUCGAAUAAAUACAAAAAAAAGCUACACAGAAUUGUAAAGAACGUGAAAAAGGAAUUAGACAUUUACCUGUACAUGUUCAUGCUCCUAAUUAAGCCCAUAUACAAAAGAGGAGAAAAGGGAGAAAAAAAGGAAAAUUUAACAAACGACUUGGAAAAUUAUGAACAAAGGAAUGCCAGUGAAAUAUAUUUCCUCGUCCUACACAGAUUGAUCCUAUUUUACAUUUUACGAGAAUUCUUUUUCAAAUACAAAGAGUUUUUACUAACCAUUGGGGCCUUUAUUUAUUUUUUUUUUUUCUCUUAUAAAAUUGUCAAGGCUAUAUGGAGUGCCUAUUUUUAUUCCUUGAGUAAAAAGUAUUACACCAAAUGGUGUCGCCAAUUUUCUUUCGAUUACGUGUACUUUUACAGGCACUACAUGAAUGACCUCCUUACUGUGCUCAUCAUUAUUUUCUCCAUUAUUAUUUUUUCCGCCAUCUCCAUUUUGUUUAUCGUUAAUAUAUAUGGCGAGUCGCUUUACAUUAUCAACUCGAUUAAUGCGUACCUGUCUUCCAACUUCCGCAAUGCCGCCAUCUUCAAGAAUUUUCGAAAAUUCUACCGCAAGCCUGGCAAAGGAGACAUCGAAGAUUUGUACGAGCUGGUGAACCUGAACAAGGUGCCCUUCCUGAGUAACAAAACUCUGACGUCCAUUUCUGGGCACCUCAAGAGAGCCUUCGACAUAUAUCAGCAUAUGUAUGCACACACCUUUUUAAAGAACGGGACGCGACAUAUAAGUGCUUGUUGUUUGCCGCUACUCCUGGGCAGACUUGCUCUCCUCGUGGCAGGGCCAGACUUGGGUAGCAUUCAGAGGCAUACGCUUCAUUUGUUAGAACAUAAAAAGGACAAGAAAUUUCCAUUACCGAAAAGUGGGGAAGAGUGCUCUGUGGAGGCUUGUCUAAAUGAAGUUGAUGAUUCUCGCGCGUCCUUCAGCUUCAAAAGAUUUGUGCGCUCCGUGUCACAAUACAUUUUUUUAUUUUCCAAUCGGACGAGGGAUCUUACGAAUGAGCAGGGCUCCACGUCAGUUUACUACCCGGGGGAUGGCAGAACGAAUGGUGCUGCCAGACGCAUCGUUUUUAACACCAUAUUUGGGAUAACCCCGGGGGGGAUUUCCGAAGCCCAUCAGCGGUGCAGCGCGGAAUGGGGAGAAUUUUGCAAAGGGGGGGGAGGCAAUGCUAAAGUGGGUGGAUGGGGCAGAUCAGCAGGUGAACAGAAAAUUGUUCAAUCAGAUGGAUGGACCCCUAACACAGUGCAGCACGGAACUCCCCUGUACGACCCCCAGAAGGAAAAAAAUUUCAAAUUCAAGGAAUUCAUUGGUUACCUGAACAACCUAUUUUCCUCCAGAAAAAAAAUCGAAGACGUGGGAAAACUUACAAAGCACUUAAUAUUUAACAACAGCUACGGUCUUAUAAAAAUAAUGUUUUUUUUCCUGCUCAUUUUUUUUAAUUUUUUCAUGUACACAUUUGAUGCAAUUGUCCAAGGGAUUAUUUUCUUCACAGCUCUGUAUUAUUUAAUAUCUUCGAGAAAAUCUGCCCUGAGUUAUGUGAAUGACAUUUUACUGGUGGUGGACCCCUCGAGUAUAUUCUUUUAUAACAUCACCAUGAAUUUGAAGGCUAUCAUUACAUGCACCUUAAAGAGGGUGUACUUUUACACACUAUACAUUUGGUUAGUCUUUUCCUUUUUUGAAUUUCCAAUUAUAUAUGUACCUACAUUAGGUUGCAUUAUCCUAUCCCUCAUUCCGAUCAUAUCCCCUGAAAUUGUCAUUCUUGUGAUUGUGGUCCAUUUGUGGAUUAUUCAGAAGAAAAAGGUGGUGUCCUCCGUUCUGUUUGCAAUUAAUUUUUUUGUUUAUCUUUACUUCACCACGAGUAUAUAUACAGAGAUUCCUCACACUCAUGCAUGGUUGGUCUCUCUGUCGCUUUUCCUAUCCAUCAGUACCUUUGGAUCCAAGGGGCUCAUUUUGGGUCCCCUCAUCGGCUCCAUUCCCCUCAUUCUACACCAGAUUGCCAUUCACAAGAACAGGUCCACGAAGGGUAAGAAGCGCAAGCGGAGGGCCAGAGCGGAGAGUGGUGCAGAGUGCACGCGCAGCGAACGCAGAUCGAUCAGAUCGAGCAGAUUGAGCAGGUUGAGCAGCUCGAAGGGUACGCCGGACGCGCCACACGCGACCCAUGUGAGUGGCGACAUGCACGCAGCAGGUGGGGAAAUGUCCACCCCAACUGUAUCCCACAAGUAUACACCCAGAAUGGAGUGCCGCAAGGUUGAGAAGAAUGCAGAGGAAGACUCAAACGCAGCUACAAAGGUACCUUACAAAAUGGGCCACGAAGUUCCCUCCAAUAGAAUCUCCCAAAUGGAACGAAGGAAAACACUGUUAUGGAAAAACAAAUUGAACAAUCUGUACAAGAUAAUUGAAAUAAAUAAAAGUUAUAUCGACUCGUAUGAAAGGCAUGAUCGCAGAAAUAGCUGCAGCCAGUGUAUGCAAAAUUGUGUGCAAAAUGGAUCCUUAAAUCAGGAGCAGCAUGGAUCCUACCUAGAUCUCUUAUACACAGAGGAGAACAAAUUAGCUCUUUACAUUUACAAGCGCGAUAAAGGUAACAAGUGGGACAGAAAAAGCAAACACAAUAAUUUUUCCAAAAGGGAAAGCAAAGGUCGCCUGAAGCAUCACGUUGCCUGCACAAGAUUUAGGCGACUGGGAAAUCUAUGCGACAACAUUCAGAACAACUUAACUCAUUUGUUCAAGUACAUGACGAGUGACUCCUGA